AAAAAUACCGGAAGUGUAGUACAUAUAACAAGCAAGGCUCUUACACAGAGGCUGAUGUGCUUUGAUUUCAUCAGUUUUUAUAUACACUUUUUAAUUUUAUUACAUUCAAGAAUUUUAAUGAACCCGCGCGUAUUUUCCAGAACAUUCUGUCGCCGUUAGAAGAGGGGUAGCGCACGUGAGACUGUAUGUGAGGAGGAAUCAGGCACCAUGGAGCCGGCGAGCGUGGAGAACCUGUGCGUGUUGUACCACAGUGCAGAUUACCUGGUGUUGAAUAAACACUGGGACAUUCGCAUCGACAGCAAACUGUGGAGUGAAAAGCACACGGUGCAGAAACAACUGAAUCACAGAUUCCCUCAUCUCGUUGACCCUCAAACACACUACGGCUUCAGGUUCUGCCAUCAGCUGGACUUUUCCACCAGCGGAGCUUUGUGUGUGGCGCUGAAUAAAGCAGCAGCUGGACAAGCGUUUCACUGCUUCAAAGACAGAACAGUAACCAAGGCUUAUCUUGCUCUGGUUCGAGGCACUGUGGCCAAUAGCAGAAUGACCCUGGACGCUGCUAUCGGUAAAAACACCACUGCAGGAAAAACACACAUGAUGUGUGUGGAAGGCACAGAAGGUUGUGAGAAUGCCAAGCCCAGCCAAACAUUACUGACUGUAUUAGAAUAUGGAUCCUAUGAGGGAGAGCCUGUUAGUAAAGUUCUUCUGCAGCCUCUUACAGGACGCACACAUCAACUCCGAGUGCACUGCAGCGCAGCUGGCCACACCAUCGUAGGCGACUUCACUUACAGCCUCGGUUCAGACGACGCUCCGUAUCGCAUGAUGUUGCACGCCUACUUCCUGCGAAUCCCUCUGGAGCACGAAGUCAUCGAGGUCACAACCCCCGAUCCAUUCGUUCCUGAACUUGACCCCAAAUGGACGCCGGAAACAAGCAUUCAGAAUCUUGAGAGUGUAAUGACUGAAAUAUUAACCAGGACUAAAACAGAAGAGCAACGAAGAGAGGAGGAAAAGUUAGCAAGUGAAGAAGAGAAGAAGAAAAGGAGGAGAAAGAGCGUGGAGGAGAGCGAGGAGGAACGAGCACAGUGUCAGCAGUGGCUUUCUGAAUGGACGCUCACUGAUUAAUUAUUGUAUUUACCUUGUCUUGUUAGCUGUGAAAUUUUUUUUAAAGGAUGAAUUGUCUAAUCUGUUGUGAUGGUUCAUGAUAUUACCAUGUGUUUAUGGUUUUAGGAAUCACCCGAAGUUUCUCGCUAAUUUCUAGCAGCAUUUUACCCAUAGAAGGACGUUGGUCAGAGCUGCACUUUACGUUAACAUACUUCAUUCGAGACAGUCCAAUAAAUCAUGGGAAAAUAA